AUGAAAAGGCUGAGAUCAAGGAGCCCAGCCAGAAAAACAAUAAACCAAUCCAUAAAUCCAUUCACAAAUAAACAAUACUCAAACAAAUAUAGAAAACUAAGAGAAGAAAGAGAAAAAUUGCCGAUUUUUGAUGCGCUUCCACAGUUUGAUAAGAUGUUUAAUAAAAAUCAAGUCGUCAUCUUGCAAGGGGAGACUGGAAGCGGAAAAACUACACAAAUCCCACAAUAUAUCUUAGAAAAAGGCUACGCAAAAGGAAAGCUGGUGGCUUGCACACAACCAAGGAGAGUUGCUGCCAUGAGUGUUGCAAAAAGAGUGGCUGAAGAAAUGGACGUAGAACUCGGCCAACAAGUCGGGUAUUCCAUAAGAUUUGAAGAAUGUGCCGGGCCUAACACUCUCUUAAAAUAUCUAACUGAUGGUAUGCUUUUGCGUGAAGCCAUGACUGACCCAACUCUUGAUAAAUAUGGAGUUAUAAUACUUGAUGAAGCCCAUGAGCGUACAUUAUCAACUGAUAUUUUAUUUGGCCUCUUAAAAGAAGUUUUGCAGAAGCGCAAAGACUUAAAAGUUGUGGUCAUGAGUGCUACUUUGGACACAGAAAAAUUUUUGGGGUAUUUUAAAAAUGCUCCACUUUUGACUGUACCUGGAAGACUAUACCCUGUAGAACUUUUUUAUACAGAAUUUCCUGAAGAAGACUACUUGUGGGCAACAGUGAGAACUGUGAUGCAGAUUCAUGCUUUUGAAGAGCCUGGAGAUAUUUUGGUGUUUUUGACGGGGGAAGAAGAGAUAGAGUCAACUUGUGACUCAAUUAGAAAGGAAGCUGCAAGAUAUAAAGAUAACGUUGGAAAAUUGUCUGUUAUUCCUUUAUAUUCUUCUCUACCUCCAGCUAUGCAGCAAAAAAUUUUUGAGCCGGCACCAGAAGUAAAUUCAAAUGGGAUCCCAGGAAGAAAAUGUAUACUCUCUACAAAUAUUGCGGAAACUUCGCUAACUAUUGAUGGGAUUGUCUUUGUAAUUGACUCAGGACUUUCUAAACAAAAAUGUUAUAAUCCUCGUAUGCGUGUGGAAAGCUUGCUGGUUUCUCCUAUAUCAAGAGCUUCUGCUAAACAGAGAGCUGGUAGGGCAGGAAGAACUAGGCCUGGAAAAUGUUAUAGACUUUAUACGGAAAAAUCAUACAAACGAGAGCUGGUUGAGUCAACUGCUCCUGAAAUUUUAAGGUCAAAUUUAGCAAAUGUGGUUUUGCAAUUAAAAAUUUUAGGCAUUGAAAAUUUGGUUGAUUUUGACUUUAUUGAUCCUCCUAGCCCAGAAACUAUGAUGAGAGCGUUAGAAACGUUGCAUUACCUAACUCCCCCUUCCGUGAGCAAACAAAACCAUUGGAAAAAUCCCUAUUUUUUUCCAAAAACCCACCUUUUGUGAGCGAACAAAAAAUUUUUUAUGAAAAAAAUAUUUUGAUAUAUAUAAGCGAUAAUUAUGUAAUGAAGUCUCUAGCUAAUUCUGUUUAAUUUUGAACAGCCUGCAUUUUAAAACAUAAAUUUUAUUUAAUUAAACUAAUUUUACUUCUCAAUUUUUACAAAUUGUAAUUUUUUUUUAAAUUUUGAAAAAAAAAUUACUAUAAAAUUUAUAUAAAUUUAAAAAAAAGUAACCCCCAGCGAACAAAAUCGUUUUGUUCGCUCACGAAGAGGGAGUAAGAGCUCUAGAUGAUGAAGGAGAACUAACAGAAGAAGGCCGCCUGAUGUCAGAAUUUCCUCUAGACCCAGAGCUCAGCAAGCUUUUAAUUAUCAGCCCAAAGUAUUCUUGUGGCGAAGAAAUGCUAAACUUAGUAGCAAUGUUAACGUCUCCAAACCCAUUUUUAAGGCCAAGAGACCAUGAAGACGCAGCUGACAAAGCAAAAUCUAAAUUUGUCAACAAAGACGGCGAUCACAUAACUUUAAUAAAUGCUUACCAAGGCUUCGAAAAUGAAGGUAGGCAGCCUUACUGGUGCUCCAAAAACUUUUUAAAUCCUCGCACAAUGAGAGGAGCUGCCGAAAUUCGAGACCAGCUUGUAGUAAAAAUGAACAAACUUGAUAUCCCAAUCAUUUCCAAUAAGCACAAUAUAAGUGAAAAUAUCAGAAAAUGCAUUAUUUCUGGAUUUUUUAUGCAGGUAGUGCACAAAGAAAAAGCUAAUUUCUAUAUGACUCUUAAAGAAAAGCAGCAUGUAGCACUUCAUCCAUCUACAGGCGUAAUGAGGCCUGAUUGGGCUGUAUAUCAUGAAUAUGUAUUGACUUCAAAAAAAUACAUAAGGAUCGUAUCUUCUAUAAACCCAGAAUGGCUCAUAGAAAUUGCUCCACAGUAUUUCGACCUCUCCCAUUUCCCUGACACAAAUGGGAAAAAAUUACUUCAAGAAAUUAUUGAUGGAAAAAAUACACAAAAAUAA